CACACGCGCAUACCAGUGGUUUGGUUGAAGCGAUCAUCAAUCAACAGAUGGCAACUUAUGGGACAGCCAGAUCAAAUCUUUUCUCCUCGGCGUCAAACUAAACGCGACACAAUAGAUCGGAGACCCUCCCUCCACGCCAAAGGGGACUAUAAAAGACCUCUCUCUUCCAUCCUGACCACAAAACUCUCAAACUCCUCUCUCAAGAGCACAACUAGAGAAAUCAACCGAUUAAAUCAUGACUCCAAACAUUAUUACCGAAGCUCAUCCCCACUCAUUCGGCUCUCGAAUGACUGUAGCUCAGAGAAAAGAGGCACAUGAACUGAGAAAGACUCUCAAGCCAUUGAUGGAAAAGAGAAGGCGGGCUCGCAUUAACGACAGCCUCAAUCACCUAAAAACUCUUAUUCUCCCACUGGUCGGCAAAGAUGCUUCACGUUAUUCAAAGCUCGAGAAAGCCGACAUUCUUGAAAUGACCGUCCGGUUCCUGAGAGAUCUUCCUUCCUCAUCAGCUAAAGGUCAAACAGACAGCUAUAAAGAGGGCUAUAAAGCCUGCUUGCAGCGCAUAUCUACGAUGCUCCCGCAGUCAAACCUGGAAACAGAAGCCCAUCAGCGCGUCAGCGAGUUCAUCCAGCAGUCGAUGGCGUCUUCUUCAUCGUCCUGCCAGAACUGCUGUGCUCAGAACUCAAAAAUGAUUUCACAAAUGCACCAGAGACUCGUGAGCUUGAGGAACAACAACUCAAUGGAGAACCCCAUUAGCACCGUGCCAGCUCCAAGCCAACCUCAGCCUGCUCCACAGGCAGCUGAGGACAUGUGGAGACCGUGGUGACCAAGUGCGCAACAAGUCUUCAGGGAAAUUGCUUUAAUUAAAUGUAUAAUAUUUAUUUGUCGUUGUAAAAUGUAACGCCUGUGAUUGAGAUUACAUGUAAAGUUUUUUUUAAGUAUUUAUUGCCUAAUUUGUGGCUACUUUGUAAACGAAGAAAGUGAGCACAGAUCAUGGAAACUGUAUUCUGAGUAUAACGUGAUGCAAUCCUCGUUGGGGUUUAAACAUUAUGCGUUGUAAACAACACAAUUGUAAACCCCAAGGGUUAAAAUGUAUUUCUGAGGUUUGCACAAUUGACUUUAUUUCAUUUUGGUCUGUGCAAAGUUGUCGUAAACACUGUGUGUUAAUUAUUAAUGGCAAAAUGGAUGUCCCUGAAGAAAACAUGAAAAUGUGUUUGUGAACCAAUAAGAGAUGAAUAAAAUAAUUAUGCUUCGAA